CAAUAACGCUCUCUCCAGAAAGCUAGCGAAUGACUUGACUACGAAUAUUAAUAUUAUUGUCCUGCUUUUAUUAACCGGCGGAAGAAACGUUUUCCUUCUCCUUCUGGAUUGUCCCCGAAGCAAGCAACCACACCAGCAACGAUGGGUUGGGUCUGGACGGGUGACGAAGCCGCCUCUGACGGUUCUUCUUCCUCCUCCUAUUCUGACGCUAGCGAUUUUCGUAUCUCAAGCUCUAGCUCCGGCGAGCGGUGCUCCACCAGAAAAGUUGUCAAAACUCAGUGCCGCACUGAGGAAGUCGAGCCUGGAAAGUUUAUGAGAAAGUGUCAGAAAACCGAAGAGAUUUUCAAGGAUUGUGUUGGAAGCCCCACUGAACUGGUGCAGUCGAACAAAGAAUACACUGAGGAAGAUGUCACCGGCCAGAUGGCUAAAGGUGCAUUGAGUUUGGACAACUCAGAAGAUAUUAACUUUCCAGGCCUAAAUCGGGACAUUGAAGCAAUUGGACGUAGUCUUUUUGGUACCAUUAGUCGAGCCUUCGAAGCCGCUGAAGAGAUAAAAAAUGGCUUCUUCAAUGUGUUUGGAGAUCCCGUAACUCCUCAUAUUAAUGGCGGUGAUUCUUCUUCUGCAGCUAAAAGUCGGGGCUUUCCCAUAGAAGUACCUCAAAAAGAAGUUCCUUCAGGGCCAAGUAAAUCUGAUGGGGAUGUUGAUCUUUCAGGAUUGGCAAGGGAUAUCUGAAGGCAGGUUCUUCUGCAAUAUUAGUAAGAGAAUAAAUAAAGCUGGGAGUAGGAUAGCGACGCUUAGUAUUCUGUCUGGCCCCAGAAAUAAAAAGAUGAAGUAGACGAGAGGCCUGGAAUGUAGAUGGUUUUGGAUGGUUUACUACUCAUUUGAAAUGGGCCUUAUGCAUAUUUUUGUGCGUUAAUUUUUUUGGUUCAACUUUUCGGCUGUUUUAAGGCGUAACAUGUUGGCAGUAAUACUUGGAUUUGGAAGAGCAUCCGAGAUGUUUCUUUUAGUACAUCUGUUGCUUUGUUGUACAUCAAGUAGAGUUAUUUUAUGCCGAAAUGAUGCGUCCUCAGUUGCUAAGCAAGCUCGAGAAUGUCUUCUUGCAUCCGACAGGCUAACUACUAAGAUAGCUGAAAGUUGUAUGAUGAAGGCGGGCUUUGGUUA